AUGACGUAUUUUCCAGCACAAUCGCGCGAGCAAUACUUCAGAAGCUACAUCAAACCUUCAGGACCUUCUGACGAUCCGGUAUGUCCAAUCUGUUUCGAAGAUUGGAACCCGGACACCUCUCCCAUCGUUCAAACCAUGUGCAGCCAUACCUUUCAUCGAUUUUGUUUGGCCAAGUGGUUAUAUGGCAUAGGCAUGGAAGUCUGCCCGAACACGUGCCCAAGCUGUCGUGCCGUGUGUUUUCCUGAGCACUCGGAACAGGAAGCACACAAUGUCAACCACGUUUUAGUUCCAGGGCUCGGAGCUGAUUCGAAUUACGCAAGCAAUAACGUCUUCGAGGCCAUAGCUACACACAUCGAAGGUGUCGUUGCGCCGCUUUUGGAACUAGAGGAAAUUUACGCGCGGUUUGGUAUUGACCUCGAAUGCUCGGAUGAGCCCUCCCGAUUCCUUCAGGCUAUGGAACAAGUCAUCUCUGCAGGCGUCGCCCUGAGUCGAAUCCCAUUGAAUCUUCACGAAGGCUGGAUGCCUAUGUUGGCGCCUCACCUCAACGACUGGCUGACUGUUAAAUUUCUGGUAGCGUCACUAUUUGUCACUACUCAGUGGCCACUCAUGACACCGGACCAGUGGACUGAUGUACUGGCUGCACGGAAUCGAAUUGGGCGUGUUGCGUUCUACUCAACGGAUUUUGGGUCUUCCACGGUUGUUGCUUGGUUAGAGCACAUCAACGACCGCCACGAUGCGCAGUACGAAAUACUGAUUAGCGGUUACUUCCCAAACGCCACCUUUGCUCGCUGGAAGGAGACUAAUACAGCUGGUCGUGUAGUCAACGCGGGCUAUCGCGACUGUACAAUAACUAACACCAAUUCGAUGACUUACAUCAACAUCCCGGGUACAGAUUUGAGUCCAGGACCUGUACUCUACUUUCAGGGCAACUCACUCUGGAUUUCAGAACGAGUGAUCGGCAAUAUCGUAGGGUUCAGCAUCGAUGAAGACUCACGUACUGUUGUUGUGCGUAGCUCCGCUAAUCAUACCUUCAAGGUAGUGUUCUCUCAACAUGAGCUACGAGAGGACGGCGGUUUCCUAUAA